AUGAAGGAGGGUGAUACGACUCAACGAAUGGACUGCGGUCAACAAGUCACACGAAAAGGGGGGAUUAACGCCGGGGUUGUUUCCGAGAAAGAUAUAUCUAGCCUCAAAGAGUCAGACAGCAGAAAGGAAUCGAUAGCGGAGAUUCUACAGCAACAGCUAGACUUAGUGGAAUGCAAAGUGUCAUAUUGGCAGUUGUAUCGCUAUGCAUCAACAGGAGAUUUUGUGGUCCUUGCGAUUAGCGCCUUGUGUGCCAUUACUGCAGGUGCUAUGGUUCCAUUUUUCUGGGUAAUCUUCGGCAAUAUAGCCCAGCUAUUCCAAGAUGUUACCCUCCGCCAAAUCUCGCAAGACUCUUUCAGCCGCGAGCUUUCCGCGAGAUCCCUAUUUCUAGUUGUCUUCGGAGUCGGUGUCUUUUUUGCGACAUAUAUUUCUAUCGUGGGAUAUAUAUUUGUGGGGGAUCGUGUGACACGGAAGAUACGUGAAGAAUAUCUACGGGCUUUGAUGCGUCAGAAUAUCGCGUUCUUCGAAACCAACGGACCCGGUGCCCUCACCUCAAAGCUAUCAUACGACUGUGGCCUGAUCCAGGAUGGCAUUUCUGAAAAAGCCGCCUUCACACUAAGUGCAAUAGCAACGUUAUUUUCGGCUUUCAUCAUCGGCUUUAUCAAAUAUUGGAAGUUAACCCUAAUUGCCUCCUCUGUUUUGUUUGCCAUAAUUCUCUUGACAAGUAUCUGUUCAAAAUUCAUUGUGGCCUUUACCAGCAAAUCAUUGGGCCACUACUCCUCCGCAAGUACUGUGGCAGAGGAAGUGCUAAAUUCGGUUCGCGUUGCUGCGGCAUUUGGCACUCGGGACAAGUUUUCUCGGCGAUAUGAGGCUCAUCUGAAAGAUGGGCAAUACUGGGGAGUGAGACAACAGAUAGUUGUCGCGCUAAUGAUGGCAUUCCUGAUGUCCGUGACAUUUUUCAGUCAUAGCCUGACAUUUUAUAUGGGAUCUCGCUUCAUUACUAAUGGAGAAGCUACUCUUGGAGAAGUACUUACGAUCGCCCUGGCGAUUCUCGUGGGUGCCUUUUCUUUAGGACAUGUAUCGCCACAUAUUGGAACCUUCGGUGAUGCGCUGAGUGCAGCCAAGAAGGUCUAUGCUAUUAUUGAUCGACAUUCGCCUCUUGACUAUUCAGUGGAGGCUGGCAGGUCGUUUGAGCAAGUUGAAGGAAAUAUUGAGUUCAAAAAUAUUACCCAUAUAUAUCCUUCGCGGCCGGAACAAGUUGUCUUGGACGAUCUUAGCCUAAAAAUCCCAGCGGGAAAAGUAACCGCCAUCAUUGGCCCGUCUGGCUCUGGCAAAAGCACCAUAAUAUCCCUAAUUGAGCGCUUCUACCCGCCAGUUGGCGGAACCGUCUUCCUAGAUGGACAUGAUAUAAAAGAUUUGAAUAUCCGAUGGUACCGCCAGCAGUUGUCAUUGGUUAGCCAGGAACCCGUCUUGUUUGGUACUACGAUAUACCAAAAUAUUGCGUACGGUUCUAUUAAACCGAGUGAUUAUGAUGCAUCGGUAAAGGCUCGAGUUGAGGAGGCCGCGAAGCUAUCGAAUGCCCAUGGAUUCAUUAUGGCAUUACCGGAUGGAUAUCAAACUAAUGUCGGCAUGGGUGGAACUAAGCUUUCGGGGGGGCAAAAGCAGCGUAUUGCUAUCGCUCGGGCUCUCAUGAGGAAUAGCAAAAUCUUACUGCUUGAUGAGGCCACCUCUGCGCUCGAUGGAGAGUCCGAAGGAUUGGUGCAAGAGGCUCUGGAUAGAGUCUGUACCGGGCGCACCGUGAUCAUUGUUGCACAUCGACUAUCUACUAUUCGAGCAGCAGAUGUUGUGGUAGUUCUCGCCAAUGGGCGUGUUGCCGAACAAGGAUCUCAUGAAGAUCUGAUGUCUCAGAAGGGCUUGUAUUAUGAAAUGGUUGACGCCCAAAAAAUCGUGGAUAAAAAGCCUACGGUGGUUCAGCCUAGCAAGUCGUUGGAGAACCAAGAUCCCAUCCCAAGCCCCACGGAGUAUAAGCACUUUAAAGAGGAUCACGAGCCUCUCCCAGUCUCUAUCGCCAACAAGUCCGGCACAAAACGCUCGACCUGGAUACUUAUUUCAUUGAUUGCAAGCCUUAAUCGACCUGAAACACGAUAUAUGUUGGUGGGUCUCAUGUUCUCCGUCCUUGCUGGUGGAGGCCACCCAGCACUUGCUAUAAUUUUUGCAAAAGCCAUUCAGAAUCUCUCCUCCCCGAAAACGAUGUAUUAUGAAAUUCGGGAGAAUGGACAGUAUUGGGCGCUGAUCAUGUUUCUCCUUGGUCUUGCGCAUCUCGUCAAUCUGUCAGUUCAGGGGAUUUCAUUCGCCUAUUGUUCAGAGAAACUGGUAACUCGAGCUAGAAGCCAGGCAUUUCGGACAAUUCUACAACAGGAUAUCUCAUUCUUUGACCGCGACGAGAAUAGUACGGGUGCUUUGGCGGUUGUUCUUGCUAACGAGGCUAAGAAUCUAUCUGGAGCGAGCGGCUCUACGCUUGGGACUAUCCUCCUGACCGUAGCGUCAUUAGGUGCCGCUAUCGUCAUUUCCUUUGCAGUUGGAUGGAAACUGGCCCUAGUCUGCAUCGCAACAGUCCCUGUGGAGCUUGCUUGCGGAUUUUAUCGAGUUUCUAUGAUUGAAUCGUUCGAGCAAACAGCAAGGAAUGCGUAUAUAAGCUCGUCUAGCUUUGCUAGUGAAGCCGUCUCGUCCUUACGGACGGUAGCAUCGCUGGGCAUUGAAAGGGAUAUCACAACUGCAUAUCAUGACCAGCUUGUCCUUCAAGAAAAACGAAAUUUAUUGACUACAAUAAAAUCGUCUAUUCCCUAUGCAGCAUCUCAAUCGUGCAGCUUCUUCUGCGUCGCGCUGGCAUUUUGGUAUGGGGGCAACCGCGUCGGGGAUGGUGAAUACUCGAUCUUCCAGUUUUUCUUGUGUUUUGCACAAAUCAUCUUUGGCGCCCAAGAAGCUGGUCAUGUCUUUGCAUUCUCCACAGACAUUGCCAAAGCAAAAAAAGCGGCAACAGUAUUGAAAGGCCUCUUGAGUAACAAGCCUCAGAUUGAGCGCGAAGACGGGUCAUCCGAAUAUCUUGAGAAAGGGGGCAUAAUCGAAAUCCAAGAUGUGCAUUUCCAGUACCCCACUCGACCCCAACCAGUGCUUUGUGGAUUAACAAUGACCGUUCAACCAGGCCAAUAUGUUGCUCUAGUCGGAUCUAGUGGAAGUGGGAAAAGCACCGCACUCGCGCUCUUGGAACGAUUUUACGAUCCUACUUCAGGUAAAAUCACAUUUGAUGGGCAAGAUAUCCGAGAUCUGAAUGUGAGUGAAUACCGGAAGCGGCUGUCUCUUGUUAGCCAGGAGCCGUCGUUAUUUCAAGGAACCAUUCGGGAAAAUAUCUUGUUCGCCACAGAGGAAGAGACUGUGCCAGAAGAAAGGAUCAUACAGGCAUGCAAGGACGCCAAUGUAUACGAUUUCAUCCUUUCGCUCCCUGAGGGCUUCUCGACCAUGGUAGGCAGUAAGGGCAUGAUGCUAUCUGGCGGCCAAAAGCAACGAUUGGCUAUUGCUCGUGCAUUAAUACGGAACCCAAGGAUUCUGCUGUUGGAUGAAGCCACCUCUGCACUAGAUUCAGAGUCGGAACAAGUCGUUCAGAAGGCCCUAGAUGUUGCUUCCCGGGGCCGGACCACCGUUGCUAUCGCACAUCGUCUCAGUACGAUUCAAAAUGCAGAUAUAAUCUACGUGCUCCACGAAGGCAGGGUUGUCGAGCAAGUCAACCCUUCGUCUACGAUCCUAGGCGUGAUAGGCAAGUGUCUGAGCCUCCUUAACUGGUCUCUUUGGGGGAAGCUGCUCGAAAACAUCACCUCUGGGUUGAAUUUUCAAGACGAAAAUCACCCGCAAGCUCAAAAGUGA